UUGGGGAGGGGGAGGGGAGGCUUUCUCUCUUCUGCCAGAGGUUAUUUCUGCAGCUGCACAGCAGGAGAAGGUUCCACAGGAUCAGCUCUAACACUGCUCAAGGUUAUCGUUAUUAUUAUUAAGACUCCGCGCUGUUCCUGAUUGAGGUGCAAUGGCAACAGCUGAUCAGGAGGUCAGCGUCCCAGAUGGAGGGUGGGGAUGGGCUGUGGUCAUCGGUGCUUUUAUUUCCAUUGGCUUCUCCUACGCAUUCCCGAAAGCCAUCACAGUAUUCUUCAAGGAAAUCAAGGAAAUCUUUGAAUCUACCGACAGCCAAGUGGCCUGGAUCUCUUCCAUUAUGUUGGCCGUGAUGUACGCCGGAGGUCCCAUUAGUAGUGUUCUGGUGAACAGGUAUGGGAGCCGGCCAGUGAUGCUGGUUGGUGGAGCACUCGUCAGCACCGGCCUUGUGGCUGCUUCCUUCUCCACCAGCAUUGUAGGGCUAUACAUCUGCAUCGGGGUCAUUGGAGGUCUCGGGCUUGCAUUUAACCUGCAACCGGCCCUGACGAUGAUCGGCAAAUACUUUUACAAGCGGCGUCCCCUGGCCAAUGGCCUGGCCAUGGCUGGCAGUCCAGUGGUGCUCAGUACACUGGCUCCUCUGAACCAGUACCUCUUUGACAACUUCUCCUGGAGGGGCAGCUUUCUGAUUCUUGGUGGUAUUCUGCUGAACUGCUGUGUGGCUGGAUCACUCAUGCGUCCAGUGAGCCCUGCACCAAAAGCUCCUGUGCAGGAGUCUGGAGCCAAAACUGAUCUCAUAUCCCGGGAGCACAAAGAAAAGACCACAGUGCUUCAGAUAAUCACCAAGCACCUGGAUUUGACCCUCUUCCUACACAGAGGCUUCCUCAUCUACCUGUCGGGAAAUGUCAUCAUGUUCUUUGGCCUUUUUGCUCCUCUCGUCUACUUGUCCUCCUUCGCCAAGCACAUAGGUAUCGAUGAUUACUCAGCGGCCUUCCUGCUUUCUAUCCUCGCCUUUGUGGACAUGUUUGCCAGACCCUCCAUGGGCUUUCUCGCUAAUACCAAGUGGGUGCGGCCUAAGAUCCAGUAUUUUUUCUGCUUCUCCAUCUUGUAUAACGGCAUUUGCCACAUGAUGGUAACAUUUGCCACUGACUACACUGGCCUGGUUAUUUAUGCUAUCUUUUUCGGCUUUGCCUUUGGGAUGCUCAGCUCGGUGCUAUUUGAAACAUUGAUGGAUAUUGUGGGGGCGCAGAGGUUCUCCAGUGCUGUCGGCCUGGUCACCAUUGUGGAAUGUUGCCCUGUGCUUCUAGGACCACCACUCGUUGGAAUGCUGAAGGAUGCGUACAAUGAUUUCCGUUAUGUGUACUAUGCAUGUGGAGCUGUCCUGAUCUUUGCCAGUAUCUAUCUCUUCAUUGGAAAUAUCAUAAACUACCGUAUGGUUGCGCAAGAACGAAAAGCCCAGGAAGAUGACAGCAAUCGAGACCAGAGCAAAGAGAUUGAAGCCUCAGGAAAGACGUACCUGGAUGGAGCUGCAGAAGAGGAGACAAACAUAUAACGUGGGAUGUUAUAUCAAUAAUCAGUGCUAUAUAGUCUUCAGUGUCACACUGCCACCGCAUUCCCUGAUCAAGGUAGUAGCGACACCAUGGUACAUUCAGAUAAUCUGUUGGGAACAGUUUAUUGCUGGAACAAUUAAUCAAUUUUAAUUUUCAUUCUCUUCCUUAUUCCCUCCCACUUAGGCCAUCAAAGAAAUAUGAAGACGCUCCUUUGGCCAUUUACUGUAACUCUCCUAACAUCUUCCCAUUGCAGCAUCAAGCUGCUUCUUAAAUAAAUCUAGCAACCUCGGCUCAACCUGGUAAUCCAUUCCACUGUUGAUUCCUCUUCUGUUGAUUUCCCCCCUUGUGUAAAGAAACCCUCAGGCAGCGUCACCCAGAGUUCCACAUGGAGCCAGGCAUAUCUGGUUUUACACCCAGAACCAAGCACUCGGUCUUAAUCCAGGAGUCAAGAUCACCCAUUGUUACUCCUGGAGUCAGACACUGCAGAGCUACAGCCAGAACCAAGAACUGCAGUCACUACUGACAAUUUCUGGCUCUUUUGAUUCUGAUACACAGUGACACAGCUGUUCCCACUGGUCCUAAGAGGAACUUUUCAUUGAUUCAGUCAAGAGUGAAAUUAAAGGAAGAUAAGAUAUAAAAGCGGAGGUAAUAUUAGGCCCAUAUAAAUAUCAUUAGGCCACAGGUGGAAUAAUGGGUUCAGUUUUUGACACCUACUAUAGGACGGAUGCCUGGGCCAUAGAGAGGGUAUAGAUACAGAGGUGAGAGGUAUGUGUUUUGAGGAAAGAUGGGCUGUUUUCCCUGGAACAAGGAAGUUUGCGAGGAAACCUCAUAAAGAUUUUUUCUAAAAUUAUGGUUUUGAUAACUUAAAACAAAGAAAAAAUAUUUUGAUUGCUUGGUAAGCCAAUAACUAAAGGGCACAGAUAUAGGUAAUUACCAAAAGAACAAAUUGAGAGGUUGUGAGAAUUUUUUUGAUACAGAGGGUUGUUCUCACAUUGAAUGCCCUACCCAACAACAACUUCCAUUUACCUUACGUUAGCACUUACCCAGAAUAAUGGUUCAGGUGAUAUUCAGAAUUGCUUUAUAGAGGAAAUUGAAUAUCUGACAAGACGUAUAUGGGUCUAGCUAUGGGCUUACCAGGUUCAGAUUUACCUUCUUUAUAUAGAAUUUCAGAGCAUCCAGAAUUUGGCUAAUAAAAAUAGUAAUAAUCCUUGCAUUUGAUAUAGUGCCUCAUCAAGUCUACAACAGUGUCAAAUAAAGCAC